GCCAGGUGCCAAGUAGUCAAGGCUGAGGGGCGGCGAGAGGGGGACGUGUGCUCCUCUGUAUCUCCUUUAAGUGCUGCCAUAAACACUUCACUCCUCUCCAAGCUCCUCCUCGGAAAUUAUAUGACGCCUGUAACAUGACGACGGGGAGCGGUGACAAGAGCAGCAACAUGUGGAAAUCUUUCCUUUAUCAGCUGCAGCAUGAAGCACCAAAGCCUGCUGCUGUUCUCUGCACUGAUCGGCCCCCAGACAGCCCCCCCUACUACGGCCUAGAGUAUCACGGUAACAUCAGUGCCCAUGAGUGCCAAGCGCUGCUUGAUCAGGAGGGAGCCUACUUGGUGCGACAGAGGGACAGAGCACGAGGCUUCUCCACUCUCAGCAUUUGGUUUGAUCGGCAAGUUAAGCACUAUAGACUGUACUACGAUGGUCAGAAGCAUUAUGUUGGGGAGAAGCGCUUUGACACGCUACACAGCCUGGUGCACGAUGGGCUUGUGUGUCUCUAUAUUGAGCUGCAUGCUGGCGACCAUCUCCGGGCCAUGCAGGCUGCCUCCUACUCUGAAUCCCCUUACUACACCCUUACCAGAUGCAACCGGACCCCCAAGCGACCACCACUUGGCAAAGAGAAUGAUCAUCCUUCAGCAAAUACAGUUGAUAGGCCAACCUAUUUCAUUGAUUCUAUCCAGGAGGAAGUAGAUACCCAGACAUCUGACUCGCCCAAAGAGUUGAACACCCAAAGGCCUCACAGGUUUAGUGUCAACACCUUCAGUGGCCUUAUUUGGUGUGGUUUUUGUGGUCACUUCUUGUGGGGGUUUGUGUCUCAGGGAGUGAAGUGUCAGGACUGUGGCUUUAAGGCUCACAAGCAAUGCAGCUAUAGAGUUCCCAAUGACUGCUCUCCAGACCUCAAGAACCUUCAGAGUAUAUUUGGGGUUGACUUGACUACCAGUGUGGCCAGAGGAUCACUAGAGGUGCCAGCUGUGGUGACAGAGUGCAUCAAUGAAAUUGAGGCACGAGGCUUGAUGUCUGAGGGGAUAUACCGUGUGCCAGGCUCACAGGACCAGGUGGUGGCACUCAAGCUGGCCUUUGAGAGGGAUGGUGAUAAAGUCAGCCUCAAUGAGAAGGCGGUGGGGGACAUUAAUGUGGUGGCGGGGGUACUGAAGUCAUACCUCCGGCUGCUGCCCAUUUCUCCCAUCACUGCCUCCUGCUUCACAAAACUCCAGAUAGCAAGCAAGUUGAGUGAUCCUGAAGCACGAGUGUCAGCCAUGAAAGAGGCACUGCGUACCCUGCCUCCCGCUCACUACAAAACCGUCAAGGCUAUCAUCCUCCACCUGGACAGGGUGUGCAAGCACAGUGCUGUCAAUAAAAUGUCAGCCACCAGCCUCAGCACUGUCUUGGCCCCAACUCUCAUCCAGAUGGCACCACUGAAGGAGAAUCUGCAGCCAGAUGACCUCCUUGCCCUGGUCACCUCAGCUGAAGAGCCUCGAGUUGUGGAGCUUCUCAUUUUGUACCACCAGGAUGUGUUUGAUGACACUUCUUCGCCCUGAGGAACCAUGUCAAUAACAGUCCCUCUCUUGCACUUUGCUGACUGAUAUUAGUUGGCUGCCUUAUCUUGUUCUUCCAUCCUUGACUAACAUGUAUUUCGAGUCUGUCUUCUUUGAUAUUUUAUCCUAGUUAGAACUUUUCUUGUAGCUUACAGUCUGCUUCUUACUUUUUGUUCCUUUCGUUCUUUAAUAUCCACUCUGCUUUUUGUUUCACCUUUUCUUGUAAUAUGUCAUCCAGCACUGUCCCACAUCCACUUAAACUUUCUGGUGUGAAAAUGAAUACAGGUUAUUCAAUAUUCAAAUGUUGGCAGUCUGUUUUCUUUCUUGUAUAGGCCAACCAACCUCUUGCAGACUCCUCACAUUUUUAUAUUCUUAUAGAAACUGUUGCUCUUAUUUUUAUCGCUUUAUUUAUAUAUCAGUGGAAGAAUCCUAAUUUACUUUAUUUAAUUUAUGAAUGGGGUGAUUCCUCAUGUGUGAAUGAGCACAGUCAUUCUCAGCUUGACUGAUUGUUGAUGCACAAUUUUCUACUAGUUUGUGAUGUGUCUUCAGAAAGGCAAGAACUGCAUGUUCUGGUGAAUGUAUUGUACAAAGUUGUUUUCUUGCUAUGACAAAAAUAAUAUAUAUAUAUAAAUAAAUAAAUAAAUAAAUAUAUAUAUAUAUAUAUAUAUAUAUAUAUAUAUAUAUAUAUAUAUAUAUAUAUAUAUAUAUAUAUAUAUAUAUAUAUAUAUAUAUAUAGUAUAUAUAUAUUAAAGUUAUGGGUAGUAAAUUCUUUUAGGGAGGGCCAUAAUUGCCUGAUAACAGCAUCACAAUAAAUCAUUCAGUAUGCUACUAAGUGGCUGAACAAUAUUAAGUUCUAAAAGCCUUCUGGAGGUAUAUUCUUCUUGCUUACUGCAAAAAAUGAAAGAUGUAAAUAUAUAGAUAUUCAUACUUGUGUGUAUGCACUAAGAAUAUGUUUUUAUUUGUAUUAUAUAUCAAGGCUGUAUGUUGACAUGAGCUGUAUUGUGUGAGGUUCAGAUAAUGUUUGACUGUUUUGUAUUGUUAACGUGUUGUGUUUAGAUAUCGAGAAUUAUCGCAUUUUUCCAUGUGAACUGUAAGGUGAUUCGUGAUCUCUUGAAUACAGGAAUUUAUUCUGAAUUAAUGUUCUGAAAGAAUUGUUGAAAUAAUACGUAAGAUUUAUUUUGCAAAAACUGUGAUUUCCCAACCAAGCUUUAACUUGCAAUAUACUGAUUUAUAAAGGAACCAAAGUACUAAUGAUUAAUGUUCCUAUAAUCUUUAGAGCUGCAUGCCUUAUCUCAUAAGCUAAUAAGACUGCAUAACUAAACUAAAUGAAAUAUUACUGAUUAAUCCUUAGACUUUAAUAUGUUUUGAUAACCAUUUUUUUUUCAGUGUUGACAUUCACUAAUUGUAAUAAUAUGAGCUCUAGUCCUUGAUAAAGAUAUGUAGAUGCAUUUGCUGGGCUGUUAAGAACCACUUACAGAAGACUUGACCAAUAUUGUUAAUAGAUGAUAACCUUAAAACUUGUUUUGUGUCAGUUCUUGAGUACAAAUUAAUCAUAAUAUGCCUACCUGGCUUUCUCACACAAGUUCUUAUUCCUAAACUAUAUGUAAGUCAGCUGUACUAUUUUAUCAUAUCUCAUAUUGUAAGUCAGCUGUACUAUUUUAUGUCUCAUAGUGCAUGGAAACAAGUUGUAAACUUGGCAGCUUCAGAUUAAUAUCACAUAUUCUACUCCAUAUGUGCACAAGUCAAGGCAUGCUAAUGAUUGGCAUUGGUGCUAGACACCAUUUGAUGUGUUUAUUUUUCACUCUUCAUCAUGCAUGAAUGCAGUCAGCUGACAACCUGAGUAAUUAGUUGACAGGACAAUCAAAGUAAAAAAGUCAGGAAGAUCCAAGAAUUUGACCAAUUCAGGCAUAGCCUUAACAUACUCAUAAAUCAAGUACAGUUUAAUUACUACCUUUCAUAUUCUUAAAAACUGCCUGUAUGUACCUUUAGAGACUUGAAUUAAUCUGAAGCAAGUGUGGUACAUUUGAACAACAGACAAAUCCCACUCACUUCCGUCCUUAAAGUGUUUUCCCACUGCUGUGACAGGAAAAGAUAUACAAUAGGUUUUUCCAGUUAGUUGAUAGGAAUUCAUAUUCAGAAAAUUUUAAGGGUUAGGGUAGUUUAUGUUAGCAGAACCCAGGAAAUUUAAUUGGCUUUGUUAAAAAAGAUUUCAGCUGCAGAGUACCAUUGAGAAAGCUAGGACUACCUUUUGUUAGCAGUGGGACACAAAAUUAUCAACUCUGCAAAGUUAGAAUGUAUGUGAGAGAGAGACAUGGCAAUAUCUUCAUGACUUUCUUUUAUGGUAUAUAAAAUCAAGGGCUCCUUGGUAGCUGAGGUAAAUACAGCUCAUAUACUCAGUCUGGCUGCCUUUGCCUUACUUUCUUACAGAGGGGAUUGCAGAAAUAGGUCAAAACAGCCUUUUGUGUGUUUAAGAAGCAAACAUUUAGGGUAAAAGAUCAAAAAUCUUUAUGAACUAUCUUGGUGAUUGAAAUGUUCUGUGAUGAAUAAAGUACAUAGCACAAACAUGCUACUUUUACAUACAAUUUUGUACAAGAAUAGUAGGGAAAUUACCAUUGGCUCAUAUAUAAUAAUUGAUCCAUCUGAUAAUUAUUUGCACUGAAAGCAAAUAGGGGUGCAAAAAAGAUAAGUAAGUUUACAGAUGGACUCACAUAACACUUGUGCUCAGUGGAUAGAAAUCACACCUUACUCGACUAACCCCUGAUGUAAGGACAUGGUGUCUCUGUUUUGAUUUUAUCCCCAAAUGUUCAUCCCUAUACAUUCACAUUUUUACAAGACCCCAGAAGGCAUAAAGCUGCCUCGUUUUCAUCUACUUAAUCUGAACUGUCAUAGGGUUAGACUGUAUAUGAAGUGUGAUUUACUCAACUCUUCAUGGUUGUUACUGAUUUUUCUCUCUGGCUCUAUGUGCCUGUGUAAGAGAUAAAUUUUGGGGUCUACUGCUCUCAAAUAAUUACAAUAUUUUAUUUUAGUUGAGUAGAUUUCUUGCCUUCUUUCUUGACACCUCCUUUUUAAAAUAUGAGUGAAUGUAUAGAAAGGUGGAAGAUGGAGGUAGGUGAAGAAGCAUAAGUAUACAGUAAGUAAUACUCGGUACGAUUGUUGAAAAAUUAUCAUUAGACUGUUUCACAACUUACUUAUUUGAGACCAUUCAAGUUAUUCUCAGGCCUGCCAAUGUCUGUGCAUUUGUUCAAAGGUUAUUAACUUAUUAUAAUGUAUUUACACCUUAGAUCUGAGUCAUUGCUUUGUUGCCUCUAUCAGAGAAAAUAUGUAAUACUGUUGAAUAUACAAUUUUAGUUGUGCACACACACACACACACACACACACACACACACACACACACAUCUUAAGUUUCAGUAAUUCAUACAGAAUCAAGAUCAAUUAAGGUAAAUUAAUAAUUCCACUUAAAUGGUUAAUGCUUACAGUUUAAUAAUGUGGCAAAAUUCUUUGUACCAUAAAAGCCAGAUAGGAUGCACAAAGACACUGUACAGAAUAGAUCAAUGCACUUGCACAUCAUAAGUAUAGCCCUGCAAAUGGGUAAGUUUCCUUUGUUAAUGAGGAGUUGUUGAAAUAAUAUUGAAAAGUCUGGAUGCCACAGCAGAAACUGUGAGAGGCUCUUGUUCAUGAGAGUUUUUAUGCUUAGAGGGGUCAGGAGUUUCUCAUUGUGCAUCAUGUCAAGAGGUCUUUUGCAUCUGCUAUGCUCAACAUCCCUUUUUGUCAUAUGUGGAUGCAUAAGUUACACCGUGACAUUUGGUAUUUUAUCAAUGUAUUGUGAUUUUAUUUAUGGUAUUGCAGGACUUAGUACAUACCUGCAAGUGACAAGCUGUUUUGAUUACAUAUGCUGUUUCUGCAUCACAGAUGUACAACAUUAAGUAGUAAAUUAAUCACCUAUUGUAUUUCCAUUACGUCUACUGUGUGUUGUGUUUUCAGAGUAUGCGUAUUAAUUUUUUCAGGAAUGUCAUACUGAUGGUCAGUGUGUCAAAAGGAAACUAUGCAUAACCUUUGGGCACAGUGGAUGGUGCAAUGUGACAUUCUCUGUACUAAAUAACUGCAUUUAAUAUUCAGAUGAUGUAUGAUUUUUUUUUUAAUAAACAGUCAUGAAAUGA